AUGGAAGAAGAAUACGUAUCAGAAAUUCUACUUGAAUUACAACCAAGAUCUCGUCGAGGUUAUCGUCGUUUAUUUGGAAUUCGUGAAAAUAAAUCUUUAAAUAAAGAAACAUUUGAUAAAAAUUAUUUCACAAAUAUAUUUCUUAAUCAAUUUAAUAGAAAAGUUCUUCGACGAGGAGAACAUGUCAUAUGUGAUAAUUUAAUUAUUGCAGUUAAACAAAUAAAACGUGCUCCAUCAACAUAUUCAGCAAAUACAAAAGUCGAAUUUCUAUUAAAAGGUCUUCCAUUUGGAAAUAAAGAAAAAAUUGAAGUUAAUUGUAAUAAAAUGGAAAAAAAAGGAAGAUUAAAUGAAUCGUUUAUUAGUGAUAUUCUUCGUAAUAAUGGUCAAACUAAUAUUAAUGUUGAAGUUGAAAAAGUUUAUUCAUGUAAUUGUUGUGAAUGUAAUAAAAGUUUAAAUGAAGGAGAUUUUUAUAUUAAAAGUGGAAAUUGGAGUCUACCUAUACUUUGUUUAUCAUGUUAUGAUUUAUUAUUUACUCAUAAAUGUGUUCGUUGUAUGAAAUCAAUAACAUUUAAUCAUGAAUCGUUAAGAUCAGAUGGUUUAACAUCUAUUAGUUUUGUUCAACAUAAAGAUUUCUAUUGGCAUUCGGAUUGUUGUGUUUGUGUUACAUGUUUACAAUCAUUAAUUGGACAAAAAUUUUAUCAAGAUCAAACUUAUAAUCAAUUAUUUUGUCUUGAUCAUAUUCCUUCUUAUCAAUUCGAAUAA